AUGCUUCUCCAGAAUAGCUCGGAAAUUACUAGUCAUACAGGCCUAAACCAUGGGCGACAGACCUCCAGCCUUCAGAACGUUGUGGAUAGACCCAAAGUAGGUACCAUUAUACGGGGCCCUAGCCACGAAACACUAAUAACUGAUGGCUCAGACUCUGUAUUUGAGACGGCAGACUCACGAGUUGUACGCAGCCGUCAAGGGUCGCCGAUGCACACUUUAACUUCGCCCGUUCCCUCCGCCGAUUCCCAGGCUUCUUGUCUAUACGAACGUGACUCGGGUGGCAGCCCCGUGUCAGGAAGGCUGUCACGGCCCGGCUUGGGGGCUGGGAAGCUGCUGCGCCAACGCUUGGAUUCUGGAGAUACGGGUUCGAUGCUCAGUGUUAGCCAGACUUGGAGGACGAGCUCCAGAACAUUUGACAAUACUGUGGUGAGCGAAUUAAAGACCACGCUUAAGUCAAUUGAACCUCGACCUGAUUCUUGCCAAGUGGUGGCCAGUAACCGUUUCUUGGCUAUUGGGCAAAAAACUGGUCAUAUCACUCCCUUGCAAGACAAAACUCCCUCCACAGUUAAUGGUACAUCCGACAGCCAAUCAGAUGCUCAAAUCAGCCUUAUUCGGAAGCCUGCCGAAUCUACUUCACAUUGCGUCAUCUCAACUAGCCCAGAUUCUGUCUAUACCUUGGACUCUGAAGUCUCGUUUGUUUCUCCCAAAACUUCUGUUGUGUCUCAUGCUGGUGAUGCUCUUUCGGAGGCUUCCAUUAUCUCUAAGCCCAGAUCUGUAUCAAGUUUAGUCGAUGUUCCUCUGGCGUCUUCGGUCUCUCCUCUGGAUGAAUCUGCUACCAUUUUACCUUCCUCAUCUCGGUUGCCUUGUUUUCAACCCCUCACUAGUAUUGCUCCUCAAAAAAGCCCUCAUAACAAGGCCCAUAGCAUUAACAAUGAAGAUAUUGGUGAUAAACAAAACAUAUGCGCAAAAUCGGUUGACGCUCAGUUCGACCCUCUUGACGAUCAUCCGGCCUCGGCUGAUUCGCUUUUUUCUCUCAACUCAACCUUUGAAACUCAAUCUGCGAAUCUUUCUGGCAUACAUCCUGGGGAUCUUGGCAAAUCUCGCCUGGGUGUCAGGCCAAAGCAAUCACAACUAUCUCAGAGCCUGGGCUCCCUUCGUCGUGUUUUAGUCACGGGGACCAGGCGUCCACAAAUGGGCCAACAGGAAUCGAUAAGCCGGGGCGGCUCGAGCAUGAGUAUCUACAGCGAAACACAGGAGAGCUAUAAUUGUGGCAUCGUGAUCACUGGAGAUAUAUGUUUUGUGCCUACUUACGAUCUUAAAAUGGGUUGUCUUCGGGUGUUCGUGAAGCAGGCACGCAACAUUGCAGUAGCCGACAUAAAACGCGGGACUUCAGAUCCGUAA